UCCUCCCCUCCCACCGCACGUACGCUACUUACAUUUCAGUUUAUUCUUUUCACGCUGUCCACUCUCAUCCACCCUGCCGCGGCAGCCCCGACUUUGAACCCACGAUACUUCAAGUAAAUCGCCACUUAGGAUAUAAACCCUGCAGGUUUUUUAUUCCCCGUUACAGCAAACGUGUCCUUAUUUGGGACACAUUUGCCAUCACCUAAUCUCUCAGUGAGCUGUAACUAGAGGGAGGUGGACGUACCCUUGUAUUUGGUUCUCAGUUGAAGACGAUGUAGCCUAAUGCAUCAGCAAAGGACCUUCUGGAGAUUUUGAGUUCUCUCUCAAGGUGAACAGCAGUCAGCACCAGACACACCACCUCGUCACCAUGGCUGCCAGCUCCACCCCCAGCGCCUGGCUCGCUGACCAGCAGCCCUCGCCCAGCCGGGCCGCCUCCCCUGUCUCCCCUCAGCCUGCCGGGGGGGACCCGGGCACCCCCCCACCCCCGGGCACCCAGCCAGGGCCUCCACUCAGCCUCUCGCAGGACGAGCUGGUCAUCGUGAUCAACGAGAAGCUGGAGAACAGUAACAGUAUUCACCCGUCUAAAGCAGAAGCGGGCUCCCCUGUCAUCUCGUCUCCUCCCAGAAGACAACACUCCAUCUCCUACUCGCACCACCCCCACCACAGCAAGACCAGGAAGGGGAGCCGUGCCAGCUCCAUCGGCUACACCGCCUUCUCCCCGCGCCCCUCCAUCUCCCGGCACUCCAGCAUCGCCACUAACCCCCCCCUGGACCGCUCCAAGCCCAAAGACUACCUCCUCCUGGCCGUGCUGGCCUGCUUCUGUCCUGUCUGGCCCAUCAACAUCGUGGGAUUAGUUUACUCCAUUAUGUCUAAGAACAGCCUGGAGCAGGGGAACCUGGACGGAGCUCGACGUCUCGGCCGCGUGGCCAAGAUGCUGUCGCUGGUGUCUCUGGUGGGAGGAACCCUCAUCAUCAUCGCCUGCAUCGUCAACCUGGCCAUCAAUGUGAAAUCCUGAGAGUCACUUCCUGCAUGAAGUAGGAAGUCACCUGACCAGGCCGGCCGGCCGCCUCGCCCAGUCCCACCUCUAGCUGUAAUCAUUACCAGGAUAAGUGACUAAUAUACUCGUGAUAUACGUACAAACAUACCUCUAUAACCCAUUAUAACCCCUCCUUUUCUCUAACGGGAACUAAGUUUUAUAAUAUGCAAGCUGCUUCUCUUGUCGGUCUGUGUGAGGGUGAAUAGACAAUUAGAUUACUUCCUCCUUCGUAUUCCACCUGCCGUUUUCCGGAACCUUCCU